AUGGACACAUCAGUGGUCUAUGCUGACUUAAACUUAGCUAGGACCCAAAGAUUUAGGCGUGCAUCACCUCCGUCUCUUCACUCAGAUGCCUGUCGGUGCCCACGCUGGCAUCGGUUGGCUCUGAAACUCAGCUGUGCUGGGCUGAUCCUUCUUGUCUUGAGUCUGACUGGACUCAGUGUCUCAGUGCAAUUCUUAGUGCAAAAACCACCAAGAGAAAAAUGCAGUGUUACUGCACAAGAGAACAUGGCUGAACCAACAAGGAGUUCAGCCGUACUAACGUGCCCGAAAGAUUGGCAUCCAUACCGGGAUAAAUGCUUAUUUAUUUCUCAAACUUCCAGAACUUGGACUGAAGGUCUAGCUGACUGCUCUGUGAAAGAAGCCACUUUGCUACUUAUUGAAAAUGAAGAAGAAUUGAGAUUUAUUCAGGACAUUUCAAAGAAAAAAGGACAUCAGUUUUCUAUUGGACUAAAUGAUGUACAAGUGGAGAAGAUCUGGAAGUGGAUAAACGGCUCUAGUUUAAAUCUUCAGCUAUUACAGAUCACUGGCAAGGAUAAAGAAAACAGCUGUGCCUUCAUCUCACAGACAGAAGUGUUUUCUGACAUCUGUUCUUCCAACAACCGCUGGAUCUGCCAAAAGAAAAGGAAACAUGUCUGAAAUCCUGUGUCCCGACUAUUGAUUGCAAAUCUCAUUUCUUUUACUUUACCAUCCUCACCCAAUCUCUGCAUUGAACUGUCAGUGCUGUCGGCCCUCCC